AUGCCUGGCCUCCUUCUAACCGGGCCAGAGGAUACAAUCGAUGUUCGCGUCGUCGCCAACGCAACCGACCAUGAGGUUGUCUUCAAACUCAGAAAGCACACACAUCUCCAUCGCUUGAUCGAAGCCUUUCAUGCUCACCGUCGCCAACCUGCAGGCACUUAUACCCUCUUUUACAACUCCCACGAAGUCAACCCCGCAGAUACACCAGACUCCCUUCGAAUGCAAGGGCUAGACUACCUUCAAGCCGUCCCGAACCCAGCCCUUGCGACUUUUUUGGAAGGUCGCCCAGGUGCCCAUCCUGAAAGUUAUUACGUGACGGUCCUUGACACGGAAUUCUCGAGGGCUGAAUAUUUGUUUCGGCUGCGGUGCACUACCAAAAUGGCAAAGCUUAUGGACACAUACUGCGCGCGAAUUGGAGCGUUACCUCAGGAACGCAGCUUCUACUAUGACACAGAAGCGAUCCAUCCAGAUGAUACUGCGGAGUCUUUGGGCAUGAAUCGACCAGGAUUUGCAUACCUUGUCAUUAGUACCCCGUCUGUGGACUCGUUACCGCUUGACUCCAUCGAGGAGAAGUAGCAGCAAUUGAAGGUAUCCCUUCGAUGUUGGCCCGGGCACGUUGGCCAACUUGCACCAAUGCCUUCCGUCUCCUUUUGCGAGCUGUUGAUAUAUCCUGCACUUCAACUUGUACAGUGUGGAAGCGACGCGCUUAGAAUUUCCGUGAGGACAGCACGUGAUGUUUACUUCGUCUCACAACAUUUCAUUCGCAGAGUCUGGAUUGUGUCGUUUGGGCCCCUGUGGUUCAUAGAUCAUCGCAAUACACCCAGCUUCGCCAUCCGUGUUUGUAUUACAAUCGCUCUGUCAGAGAUUUUCUCUAACAUUCGUGUGGCGCGUCUCACCAGAAACGCACAAAUUUUCUUUGCGUGGCUUAUUAGCGUGUAGAUUUUGUACAAUAAAACACAAGCAAUAAUCGUCAAUAGAGAACAUUAACUUCUUACUCUGAUUGAUACCCC